AUGCCCAACACUCGUGCGCAGCGAAAGCGAUCUGCCGCUGGAUUGCGGAACCGCAACAUUACAGUACUGGGGGUUGGUGAGACCAGAGGCGUUUCUCUCCAGAUUUUCAUUUCUGGGGAUCCCAUUGCUCAACCACGCCCAAGAUUUGCUGUCACCCGAGCUUCGCGGACCUACAUUUACAACCCAGCUGCGCGGGCCAAGACAUUUUUUUCGAGAAAGAUGAAACAGGAGCUCCAAGAAACUGGGCUCGCCUCCACCGCAAACCCAAUUUUCACCCUCCCAGGAGUCGAGGUCCAAGUUCAGUUUGGACUUGCCGAUAUGUCAAAAGACUUGGAUAACAUGCUCAAGUUCAUCCUGGAUGUACUUGAGGACGCGGGCGUAUAUGCCAAUGAUUGUCUUGUUCGAAAGAUCGUUGCUGAAAAAGUACAAUCCAACACCGGAUUCACUAGCUUGAGCGUUUCCUACAUGGAUCUAGGUUUAUUUUCAUUUGGGCUGAGUCUUCCAGUGCCCUCGUGGUCUGUUGACUCUUGGAUCUCAGUAGAGAUCGCCCAACCAUCAGAGAGACCAAAAGUGCCACUUUGGGGGUUGCUGGUCAAAAAUCCUACAAUAAAAUUGUAA